AUGGUGUGGUAUAAGCAAUUACAGGAGUACAUGGAUACUAUAACGGGUUUCAAGACCGAUAUUGAUGGCAUAUCACGGCGACUGAAUAAGCUCAUUCGUAUGGAGCAGGAGAGGCGAACUGAUACCGAGAUUGUUCGCUCCUAUAUAACUCACCAGCAGCGCAACGGGGAAACCACGGAAGCAGUUGAGGUGGCCGCGAAAGUCGUCCCUGAGUCUACGGACGUCGGCAAGCCACGGAGAAUUUACAUGUUCACUUAUGGUGGCCCUCCUGCGUGGUCACCUCCGGUUCAAAUGCCUCUGGGGUUUUGUCUUGGCAUGGAAAGCGCCUUGCAACAGGAAAUCAGGGUCGAAGUGUUGGGACCACCCGUGGAUGUCACCAAAAAGGAGUUCGCCGACCCCAAAGCCUUGAAGCCAUUCGUGUUAUUGAAUCGGUUGAAGAGCAUGCCAACUGACGCAUUGAUGGUAUUCAACGACGCCUUAGAUGUGUGGUUCACCCCUCAUGCCAGCGAGGAAGCAUUUGUGAAGGCGUUCGAGAGGGAACUGCAAAUCCCAGAAGACACGAUUUUGGUCUCGGCGGAGCGUAACUGUUGGCCCCCACCAGAGAGGAUGCCCUACUGCCGAGACUACCCUGCCAGUGGGCAUGGAACUACAUAUAAAUACGCCAAUACUGGUGGCUGGAUGGGCCGAGUUAAGACAACGUGGACGGCUUGCAUUAUGGAUGGCAAAGAUGAGCAAGGCUGUGUGCAGUGGUUUUACAGAGAUGCUAAGGAGAGUCGACAAUAUAGAGAAAACGUCGGUGCCUUCAGAAUUGCCCUGGACGACACGCAAAUGAUAUGGCAAACACUGUGGGGGACGAAGUUUGCUAAUGCGGAGCGUGCGUUCCUUGAAGUGGACAGGGCAGGGUUUGGGGAGGAGGAUGCGGGGAAGCUGGUGAACCCAGAAACAUCGACGACGCCGUUGGUGGUCCAUUUUAAUGGGCCCAAGGACACUUUGGUGCAGUGGAUGAAAGUAGGCUAUUAA